AUGUCAUUACGCUAUCCAAACCGUUCGAAUGACGCACAGUGCAUAAAGGAUCUGCAGUUUGAAUGUCAGCCAGGAAUCUGUAUUCCGGUAGAAAACGUCUGCGAUGGAGUUUUCGAUUGUGCAGAUGGCAUCGAUGAAUUGCAGAAUUGCACAUGUGCACUGGAUAGAUUCCCGUGUAAUAAUGGCAAAUGUGUCCAAGUGGCCAAGUGGUGCGAUGGCAACAACGACUGCGGUGAUAAUAGCGACGAAUCGAAAUAUUGCUAUAACACUUGUCCCCCCGGCUUUCGGGAGAAAGUGUGCGUUUUACGAGAAACCGGCGAAAGCGGGUGCCUCCAUCAUAGUCGUGUCUGCGACGGGUUUAUCGACUGUCUUCGAAACGAGGACGAACUUGGCUGCGAUUGCGAGAGCCUAGGCAUGUUCAGAUGCGGUGGUAAUGGUUCAUAUUGCGUGCCAUGGUCAAAAUACUGCAACGGCCAGGUGGAUUGCGCUGAUUCCUCAGAUGAACCUCCGAAGUGUUACCCAAGUACAAUAUAAAU